CCACCCAAGUAAAAAACCUCUUAGAAGAAAUUUGCUCUUCGAUUUGGGCUACUGCCUAGUUCUGCCCUCUGCGAGUAGAAAGCCUCUUGGAAGCGCACGAUCCCUGGCUGUGAGCUUACAAAAAGCCGCUGUUCAAAUGUGAAACCGCGACAUAUAAAUCAAUUCAAUUCUCUUCUCUACAAUCUCGUCUUCAAUUACAGGGCAAUCAGAAACCCCAAACCCUCCUAUCGAAUACAUACAGUUAUAUUUAUGCAUACAUUUGUGUGUAUCUCUGUGUUACAGAUAUUUAAUUCUACUAUUUUUGUGCUCUUCGAUUUGAGCUACUGCCUUGUUCUGCCCUCUACGAUGGUGGUAGACGAGACCUCAUCGAUUUGCAAUUUGGGGAUUUUGGACUCCCUGAACGGCGAUGUUGUCCGAGAAAUUAUGGAGAGCUGGAACGACAACUGCUUAGCAACGGAAGCUCUGCUGAAUGGCAGAGGUGAUCCUUCGUUUGGGUCGAAGCUCGUUUCUCAAGCUCGCAAUCUCUUCAAGUAUGGCCUCGAGUCACUAGUCGAAGGACAUUUCGCUGGCUUCCUUGAGGAAACUUUUGAAAAGAAUGGAGCAUCAAAGUUUUGGGAGCAUUUUGAUGCGUACAACAAUGCGGCCGCUCAGGAGAUGAUCAUGGACCCUGUAUGUACAUUUGAAAAUUUCACUAUGGUUUGUUGGGUAACCAUAAUUUGUUUACCAAGUUUAUUUUACUGUCAAAAAAAAUGCGUAAUGGACAAAGAUUUGAGAUGGCUUCUGUAUUUAGGGAAAGACUACAAUACACACCAUUUAUUUGGGUGUGUAUCAUAUGCACCCCCCAAAAUGUUAUGAAUUAUAGAGAAAAUG